UUAAAAAAAGAUACCAAGUAAAAUAAAUCUCGUGGGAAGGAAUAUUAUUGAUAUGAGAACAAACCACUCAAUGACUCGCUCGCGAAGAUAUUCAGCGGCUGGAAAACUCAGUGAUUGCUCGGGAGCUACAAGAAGGACGUCGAUACCUUCAAUGUUGCGUUCUUCGAUAGUCAAUCCUGGUCUUGCACUGAAAUACAGCAACAGAAUAAGAUUCAAAAGAAUUCCAAUUAUCAUUCCGUACUCAAGAUUUAUCAGCAGACAGCAAACAAGAGUCACUGAUAGUGGUAAUCUCCAGAGGACGCGAAAAAUAUGAAACUCAAGCAUGUAGUACAUUGCUACGAUAAUAACAGCAGCAAGAGUACACUUGGGAAUGAAUUUAAAGGUCGACGUAAGUAGUCCACAUGCUAAAAGUACCAACGAACCGGUGACUAUUCCACCCAUUGGUGUUUUCACUCCUGACGCAGAAUUAAUAGCAGUUCUUGUAAAACUCCCAGCUACUGGCAUCGAUCUCACGAAACUGCCGAAUAAAUUGCAGAAACCUAAUGCUAUCAUUUCCUGCUUACCAAAAGCUUUUGCUAUAGCAAUACUCUCAAGAAUAGCAAUUAGAGGAAUAGAAGCUAAGCUACUACCGAGUUCUCUAACCAUGUCAGUGAAUUCAUACUUGGUACUGUUGAACUCUGUUGAAAAAGGUGGCAAGCUCAGUGAUGGAAGACCUUCGGUAAUAUUUCCCGUUAUAAUAAAUGGAUUGUUGUCGUACAAUGACAAUGUAUAGGCUAGAAUUAUUCCAGUGAUCACGACUAUUGCAUUUCUUCCCAAAGACAAUAGCCACAU